ACAGAUACAUAUAUACGAAAUAAUUUCUACUCCCACGAGUGUGAGAAAUUGCACUAAAUUUUACUUUAGGGUAACAAGUGUGACAUUAGUGACGUAAACGUUAAUUUUUCUAUUAUUAUUAAUGUAAAUCUAUGUUUUCAGGGCCAAUACAAAAUGGUAUUAUAACUAAGCCGAUCCUCCAAAGCCCACCAAGAGCCCCAAUCCCUCCAAUUAAAUUUACACCUUCAGAACUAAGAAAGGGAGACAGUCUCAUGACUCAGUCAGGGUCGGUAGACAAAAGAAUAUGGUCACAAGUCCCGCCGGCCCCAGAACUAAAAGUGACUGUGUUCUCGAAAUCCAGCAGAAGCUCACUCAAAACAAGAGAAGAACUGUCAACUGUCCCAGCACCCGAACCCAAACCCAAACACACAAACCUCCUGAAUGUCGAGCCCCCCAAAAUUGCCACGGACCAUUCAACUGUCCGAACCCGUCGAAUCAUCCAGCCUGUCUCUUCCAAGCAGUCACCGCAAGAUGGUUUACCAGAACUCAGCGGUUCCCAGGACAAGGUUUCAUCAGGCAUCUCCCCCCUUGCGUGGUAUACUGUAAUUGCAGCCCUGUUUGUGCUUGUUCCAUGUGCGUUGAGAAAGGUGAGUUUCUUAAGAUUUGUCUCCACAUUAACUAUCACUACGCUACGUGCUGGGCCACGCCAUAGCUUAAGCGUAGUUCCUAAAAUCCAUGAGGAACAGGUGGUGGUCGGUAGACCCCUGCAGAAGCAGAAGGAACUGACUACACCCACUAAGACACCCAAGCUACAGGGGUGUCCUGCAACACGUGUCCCUGAUAGAAGGACAAGAGGGAAAUUCGAGCCUGCAGUUUUUGCAGCACAUAAAACGAAACUUCCAAUCAACAAGGUUGUAGUGGGCAUAGCGCCGAUGCCGAAUACGACUUCAGUUGGACCUAAGGUAGAUUCUUGGAGCAAGUGUAUGCACCUCGUGCGAGAUGGGAGCGACUUCAAGAUAACUAACGAGAAGCCCAUGCCGAAUACGACUUCAGUUGGGCCCAAGAUAGACUCUUGGAGCAAGUGUAUGCACCUCGUCCGUGAUGGGAGUGAAUUCAAGAUAAUUAACGAGAAGCUCAACUAUAAAGACGUGAAGUCCAGGAUUGACCGUACGAAGAGGCCAUUCAGUCUACAUCGUAUGAAAAAGGAGAUUCUGGCAGGGUGAGUUGUGGCAUGGCUCACGAGAGAAACAUACCAGGUGCUGGCUAUCACCGGUACGACGCGGAAGUAGAGGUCACCAGCUCCUCCGUUGGAACGAGACCCCUACUGAGGCUGAGGCCAGAGCUGUUGAGGCUGCUAUCCCCCUUGAGAGAGCAUGGCAUCCGCGAGCUGCUGGUUUUCUGAGAGGCCGUAGAGCUGGAAGGGCGCCGUAAGCAGCAUCACGUACGCCUUCCAGUAGAAACGGGACACGCUAGUAGCAACAGGUGCGCUUACAUCGGGAGCGCAGACAGUAACAGCGAGGCUUUAACAGCAACACCGUCAGCCGACGCAAGAAAACCCUGCCGGUUGGAAGUUACACGGCCGCCGACGCUACGAGGACCAGCCGACUCGUAGACGCCCGGCCACGUGCAGAGAAAAGGUCGCCCGGCUUGCAUGGAAGCAUGAUAUAGGAAGGGUGAUUCCCCCAUUAGAAUUUCAUGCACAUGAGAUUUAUUGUGUUCUAGAGAACUUUGGCAGAAAUGAGUGAUGUAAGGAUUUUUAAGUAGCAUGUUUCACUUUGAAUUUGAUGUUUAUAUAUAUUGUUCCAUAAUAUGUGAAUACA